CUUUUUAUUUUACCAUUUAGUUUGGACGUAAUCAUUUCACUGGGUAACAUCAGGGAAUCCUGUUCUUUAAAGAGAACACGAAUAAGAGUUGAAUGACCUCCGAACAACAACAUUUCGUGGUUUGGUUCGAGAACCUCUUGUGGAAGGGAAAGACUCGAUCGUUCUGAAAUCCACUCACUUCGUGUCCAGCCACUCAGAGUGACAGACUUAUUCAUACUGGGAACGAUUAUAUUUCCAUAAAACAAGCGAUCAAUCGAAGCAACCAUGUCUCCUCCAUGUAAGAGCCAAGCUGCCUUCCCCCCGGACCCCCCAUGGUGGUACGGGAUCAGCGCUCCCAUCAGCGAGGACCAGCCUGGAGAGGACCAGCUGAUCCUCACCGAACAGCUGGUCGAGACUCUGGUCACGUGUGAUGCGUUUGUGGACGACUCGAAGGUGCAACGCAGAGAGAAUGUUGUGAAAAAGCUGGAGUCACUAUUUAAGGAGUGGCUUAAAGAAAUCUGCAAAGAGCUGAACGUACCUGAUCUUCUGACAGAAAAGGUUGGAGGCAAAAUCUUCACAAUAGGGUCCUAUUAUCUGGGGGUUGACUCUAAAAAUGAUGAUAUUGACGCCCUCUGCGUCGGACCCAGAUUCAUUGAGAGAAAUCACUUCUUCACCUCUUUCUUUGAGAAGCUGAAGGUUCAGAAGGAAGUGGAAGACAUUCGGACCAUUCAAGGCACCUUGGUCCCAGUCAUCACUAUGUCUUAUAAGGAGAUUAAGAUUGACUUACUCUUUGCCAGUGUGUAUCGCAACAACAUCCCCGGAAACAUGGAUCUUCUAAGCAACACCUUUCUGAAGACCUCAAGCAUACAAUGCAUCAGGAGUCUCAAUGGCUACAGAGUCACACGGGAGAUCCUGAGGUCUGUGCCAAAUGUCCAGAGCUUUAAACUGGUUUUGAGAGCCAUCAGGCUGUGGGCCAAACGGCGUGACAUUUACUCCAGCAUGCUGGGCUUCUUGGGAGGGGUGUCAUGGGCCAUACUGGUGGCCAGGAUCUGUCAGCUCUACCCAAACGCCACAGCGUCCACCCUGGUCAACAAGUUUUUCAAAGUUUACAGCAUGUGGAAGUGGCCGGUCCCGAUUGAGUUGAAGCGUCCGGUGGAUUACAACUUGAACCUUCCGGUUUGGGAUUCCAGGGUGAAUCCAAGUAACCGCUGCGACGUGAUGCCCAUCAUCACCCCGACGUACCCGCAGCAGAACACGGCAUUCAACGUGUCUGCCUCCACCUUGGCCGUGUGGCGGGAGGAGAUCGAAUGGGGCCUGGCCGUCACUGAGGACAUAAAAAAGAAGAAAGCUGACUGGUUGGAACUCUUUCAAAAGCCAGACUUUUUAAAGAAGUACCAGUAUGUAUUAAGCUGCCUAAAAAUUCACAGAUACACACACCUUUAUAACUAAUGAACAUUUUCCACUGGUUUGUUUGUAAUAUAUAUAUACUAUAUACACACUGUAUAUAUACAAGAUAUGUAUGGAUAUGUAAAACAAAAACCCAAAACCCUGUGAAUGAUCUCCUGU